ACCAAAUUGAACUAAAGUACUUUCAGGAACGAGACAUCCCGUUUGUCAGGUAAUCUCGCGAGUUUGACAGGCGUGCUGCAGGGUUGACUGAAGAGGUGCGUGGCUGCUCGCGACUUCAGAGUGACCACAAGGAAGGAUUUUUCCCGUGUUGAAAAGGGACCGCGACAAGAACAACAUGACGGGCCAAGUGGGAGAAUAUGGGACGUCCUGCAUUGCUUUUGUCUCCCGCCAGAGGACCACUUCAGUCACUCUGAUGCUUUAUUAGGCCCAAGAAGCCCCUCCGGUGGGGAGGGGUGGGACGGCAGACAUUCGGAUUGGUCCUCAGUAGAACCUGUGUGGAGCGGUCCACCAAUUGAAUUUGCGUCAGGGAACACUGCGGAUCAUUGCAGAUACAUUGAAAAGUCUUCUUCACAAGAGUGAUCUCCAUCAUGGAGGUGCCCACGAUGCCUCCACCUGUGCCCUUCCCUCGCACUAUUUUUAAUCCCUCCCUGUCUCCUCUGGGCGCCAUGGAGAACCUCCCCCAGAACGACCCGCCACCAGAACAUGAAAAGCUCCAGGAGGAGAACGAUUUAGAAGACGAUGCAUUUGGAGAGGAUGAAGAGGAGAAAAGUCCCGAUGCGAUGGUUCCCUCGGAGGAGGAGGUGGAAAAGAUGGCGGAGGAGGAAAAGGUGGCGAAGGAGAGAGCGGCACAGAGGCAGCUGAUGUCCAUCCAGGAGCUGGUGCAGUCUGAGAGGAAUUACCUGAGAAUGCUGCAGGUCAGCAUGCUCACCAUCAGGAGCAACCUGCAAAAAUUACAGCCUCCGUUGGCUAACCUGGACAGCAUGUUCCUGUACGUGCAGGAUGUGAUGGAUGUGUCCAGUCGUUUCCUCAGUCUGCUAGAUCAGAAGCAGCCCGGAGAGUCGGUCUUCCUGGAGACGCUGUGUGACGCGUUCCUCAGCCUGUCCUCCGAUAUCGAGGCAGCCUACAAGGAGUACCUGGCCAACUACAACCGUGUUACCGUGGUGGAGAACUCCUAUAAACAGAAGGAGGCAGUCUGGGAGCAGAUUGUCCAAGUCAUCAAGACAUCAGCGCCUGAAGUGAAUGCCAGUUCCCUGAGUUUCUUUCUGGUGAUGCCAGUGCAGCGCAUUGCCCGCUAUCCUCUCCUGCUGCAGACAAUCCAGAAGCACACGGACUCACAGCACCCGGCGUACACGCUGCUGGAAAAGACGGCACACACCUCCAUUGCCAUAAACUGUCGCAUCAAUGAGUACAAGCGCUUCCGGGAAGUCGCCGACAAGUACAAGAAGAGCGAGACGUUGAGCAUCAUGGACAAGAUAAACCGAUUGAAUUCACACAGCAUUGCUAAGAAAACAGCCAGGAUCGGACAGUUCAUCAAACAUGAGACUGGCAUGGUUCCUAAGCUAGUGGACGAGGAAUUUGAUGCACUAGAAGGCUUCUUUUCUGUCCUUGAGCAUGGCACCUUGCAGCUCCUGGACAAUGUGGAGCUCUACCUCCAUCACCUCCAGACUUUCCUGGACUGCAAAACGGAGGAGUUUGACCUGGACAUGGAUGGCGAGAAGGUGCCCAUUUGCUAUAAGGAGAUCACCACUGGACUCAGACAGUGGAUCCUACCUGAAUUUGAAAAGAGGAUUAGGACGUUGAUCCACAAACCUCUGUGUGCACUCCGUGACCUCCUGGCAGGCCCAAGGAACCUGAUCCGUAAGCGGCUGCAUAAGCUGCUUGACUACGAAAUGAUCGAGGCCAAGUCUUCCCUCAGCUACGAUGAACAGGCCAUUGCCAACACAUAUAGGACGAUGAACACGUUGCUGCUUAACGAGCUGCCCAAAUUUAACACCUUAGCGUUGCAAAUGAUCUGGAGCAUGUUGGGAACGUUCAGUUGCCUACACAAAGACCUUGCCUCCGACUUGGAACAGCUCUUCCUGAGCUUCGCUCAACAGCUUCCUCACAGCUCUUUAGACAAUGCUGCAUUCUGGGAGUGGGCUGAGACUGCGGUGCUAGAAGAGGCAAGAAGGCUGGAUACUUUGGGUCAAAGUGUGGAGGAGACGCUACUGCGGCCCGCCUCUCUGCCCCUAAACUCGUCCUCGCAGCAGCGACUUCAGCAGUUGACGAACAAGCACAGUUCCGACAAGAUCUACCAGGUGCUGAGCGCUGUGGUGGGCAGCCGAGACCUGGACCUCAACCUCGCCAAGGGAGAGCUUGUGGCCGUCAUCAGCCAGGCAGAUACCCGAGGAGACAAACGAAGGUGGCUUGUCGAUGCCGGAGGCAGACGGGGCUAUGCGCCAGCCUCCAGGUUGAUCCGCUAUCACCAGGCGGAAGAGGAGCCACCCCCCUCACCUCAUCUGAACCUCCCGCAGGGCGACGGUGGCAUCAGGAGACACUCAUAUACGACAGAGCUCCCACACACAACCCCAACAGCAGCUGGAGUGGCAUUCAGCCAGCCGUGCUUCCAGGUGUUUGCGGCUUAUGGUUUCACGGCACGAGGGAACCACGAAGUUUCUGUGGCGGCAGGAGAGCCGGUGCGCGUACUUGAGCCUCACGACAAGCGGGGCAACCGCGAGUGGAGCCUGGUGGAGGUGCGAGGCCGACAGAGGGGCUACGUGCCCUCCAACUACCUCGCCGUGGCUCCCAUCGCGGGCGCGUUGGCCAACCAACAGCCAUUCUGCUAGCACAUCUGUGGUGGCACUUCCUAUGCAAGAUGUUGUCAACCGUGAAGAAAUAGAUGCUUGUAAAAGGCACACCGGUUUACAACUAGUAGAACCACGUCCAGAACCAGAU